AACGAGGCCCUCCGACUGUGUGCUCUGCGUCCUCUUCCACGUCAUCCCUCGCCGUCUCCGAUCUCCGCCCCCACGUCGAUCGUUGCCGCCGCCGUGUUGCCAGUUUCGCGGUGGAGAGACUCGCCGGAGACCGAAAUCGCCCGCGUCCGACGUAAAUGCCUAUAGCCUCACCGCCGCUGCCCUCGGGAUCGCUGCCGCCUCCUGCCGCUUCUGCCAUCGUUGCACGGCUGGAUCCCAAGGCCCACCCUGCCGUCUCCUUCCUGACCUCUCUCUGCUCCCCCUCGCCGGAGUUCGCCGACCAAACUUUCUUCAGGGGCAGCGACACCACCACCUGAGAAACCAUACUCUCGCAGACGAUCGAUGUCGUCGGCCGUGGAUUCAACCAAUUCCCCUGAAGCAUCUCUUAGCAUAUCCAUGAAACAAGAAGAUCACAACAAGAUGAACUCUGGAAGAAUUACUGAGGAUGGUUCGGUGGACAGAAAGGGAAAUCCGGCCGUUAAAUCGACCACCGGCGGCUGGAAAUCAUCCACGCUCUUGCUAGUUAAUUUCGGUCUCGUAACGCUCGCGUUCUUCGGAGUCGGCGUGAAUCUGGUGCUGUUCUUGACGAGAGUGAUGCGGCAAGACAAUGCCGAGGCGGCAAACAACGUGAGCAAAUGGACCGGCACCGUCUACAUCUUCUCCCUCAUCGGCGCUUUCAUGAGCGAUUCCUACUGGGGCAGAUACCUGACUUGCGCAGUCUUCCAGGGGAUCUACGUGCUGGGUUUGGUGAUCUUGUCGUUGACGUCGUGGCUGUUGCUGCUGAAGCCGUCGGGGUGUGGAGAUGGGGAGCUGCCGUGCCGGCCUCCGUCCGUUCUCGGAAGUUCACUCUUCUACAUAUCGAUCUACUUGAUCGCCUUCGGGAACGGCGGCUACCAGCCAUCCAUCGCCACGUUCGGCUCCGACCAAUUCGACGAGACCGACCCUCUCGAGAGGCAUUCCAAGGUGGCCUUCUUCAGCUACUUUUACCUGGCGCUCAACGUCGGCUCCCUCUUCUCCAACAGCGUCUUGGUGUACUACGAAGAUACCGGCAGCUGGAUGAUCGGAUUCUGGGUGUCAGCUGGUUCGGCUAUCGCCGCCCUGCUUCUCUUCUUGCUGGGGACUCCGAGGUACCGCCAUUUCAACCCAUCUGGGAAUCCGUUGACGAGGAUCGCUCAGGUGUUCGUCGCGUCCUUCCGCAAAUGGAAAGUUGAAGUCCCCGGCGACUCCGGCAUGCUCCAUGAAGUCGAGGGAAGGGACUCUGCCAUCGCCGGAAGCAGGAAGAUCCUUCACAGUGACGAUUUCAAGUUACUGGACAAGGCGGCCGUCGUGAUCACUGAAGAUCAUCAGAGAGAUGAUCCGUGGAGGCUCUGCACGGUGACGCAGGUGGAGGAGGUGAAGUGCGUGUUGAAGAUGCUCCCCAUUUGGCUCAGCACCAUCAUUUACUCUGUGGUCUUCACGCAAAUGGCUUCGAUUUUUGUGGAGCAAGGAGCCUCCAUGAACACCGAGAUCGCCGGAUUCCGCAUCCCGGCGGCGAGCAUGUCGGUGUUCGAUCUGCUAAGCGUCAUCUUCUUCAUCUUCGUGUACCGGCAGGUGCUGAUCCCGGUGGUGUCGCGGGUGUCGAGCAACCCGAAGGGGAUAAGCGAGCUGCAGCGGAUGGGGGUGGGGCUGGUGAUCGGGAUGCUGGCCAUGGUGGUGGCCGGGCUGGUGGAGGUGGAGAGGCUCAAGUGGGUGGAGGUGGAGCACGAGCCGAGCUCGCUGACGGUGCUGUGGCAGAUCCCGCAGUACGCGCUGAUCGGGGCGUCGGAGGUAUUCAUGUACGUCGGACAGCUGGAGUUCUUCAACGGCCAGGCGCCGGACGGGAUCAAGAGCUUCGGGAGCUCUCUCUGCAUGGCCUCCAUCUCCCUAGGGAACUACGUCAGCAUCAUGCUGGUGAACAUCGUCAUGAGCGUGACGGCAAAGGGGGACAGCCCCGGCUGGAUACCGGGGAACUUGAACUCAGGCCAUCUCGAUAGGUUCUACUUCCUCCUCGCCGGCCUCACUCUGAUCGAUUUCAUAGUCUACUUGGUGUGUGCCAAAUGGUACAAGAACAUCGAACUCGAACGUGAGGAAGAAGAUACAGAUUUGAGCCACCAAAUCUAAAUUUAUG